GUCACCAGUGCACGUACACCAACACCAUCGACAACAGCGAGAAAGUGAAGAAGCGAACUGGACGUGCGUGUGCAGACCGCAGGCACGGUAGAAUUCGAUUUUCCGCGUGAAAAAUCCUCCGAACUCGGCUGGUGUGGUGGAAAAUCGCUUGCGGAAGCACGCCUUCGCUCCCUAAUACCUCUGCCGUGUGCCAAAUAGUGUGCGAAAGGAAGAGAAGCAGCUGCAGCAGCCCAACAAACCAUAAAACCAGGGGAAGAACACUCCACGCUGAUGUUGAACGCUGAUUGAAGACGAAGACGAAAACACAGUGAGUGCAAUGUGUUGUGUAGUGUGCUGUAGUGUUUCCAGCCCACGCCAGAAGAAUACUACCCGCGGCCCGCGAGACGACGGCGCUGUUGUUCUGCGUAUGUGACCAUGUGCGUAGUGCGGGAAGGUAGUGAAGGUAGCACAAUAAGAAAAGCAGCCCGUGCGCGCGUGUGAGAUUGUACGUAGCUACCCGCGUUGGUGUGCUCUGUGAGGGCUGAAGGGCAUAGGAGUGUGUAUGUGUGCGAGAGAGAGUGGGAAGGAAAACCAAAAAUCCCGUUUCACUCCCUUCCUUUGCCCACCUUGCCUGCUGAUGAUAGUGUGAGCUGAAAAGGUAUGGUGGAAAGCAAAAGAAAGCAGCGAAAAUUGAUGCGUAUUUGCCGCGCAUGGUCGCGCACUGUUGUGUUGGUUGGUUUGGUUGGUGGUACGAUGGUGCGGCGUGAAUCGUGAACCAGCAGCAGCGGUGAGUUUCGUGAGUGAGACGUGAUGACGUGAUGUGUGUGUGUGCGGUGUGUGGAGGCUUAUUCGUGCUUUUCCGUAUUGCUGGUGCGUGUUGAUAACAUCAGUCCACUGUCAGCAGCGCGCGCCUGUGUACACACCCGGCCCAGCCCCGUGCAAGCAAAUGUCGCGUGGGAGAGAGUGAAAAAGUCACAAUAGAAAUACAAACACAAUACCCCCUCUUCUUGCAUAGUGUGCGUAUGAAGUGAAGCUCAUCGUAGCCUACUGGGCUUGGUUUGAUUUUGCUGACCAUCAUCCCCAUUGGUCCCCGGUGCAACAAAUUUGGUGAAGAAAGCAAUUAACAAAACACAGAUACAACGGUGUGUGUGUGUGUCGCUUCUGUGUAUUUUGUGGACGAUAUUGUUCCGAUUUCAUUUCAUAGUUGUCGUUUGCGGAUGUGUCGAUAUGCGUUCGCGCUAGUUUCGCGCAUACAACUACCCACCGCACCUCGCUACCCGUCCGUCCCCUCCGGACGUGGCGACACUAUCCCACCCCCAAAGUCCCGCGGACGGCUGUGGUGCUUUUUAGUUGUAUAGUGCACUGUUUUCCUCCCCGUCAUGGUUGCGGUCAUUGCCGACGUCAUCAUUAGCGGUGUUGUUGGUGUUGUUGCAGGUGGAGCAAACGACGACUCAACCGGCGGCGGAUGAUGCGAACGAUGAUGGAGCAUGAUGAGCGUGUGUGUGUCUGUGUGUAUGUUUAAUUUUUCAAAAGUGAAUCUGUGGUGAGCACAAUAGUUGGUGAGAGAGCGUGAGAGUGCGUGAGAAACGGUUUUCUAUCACGAUGGCGAUAGUGAGAAGCAAUGAGAGCAAGAUGCGCGCAAAUGUGUGCUGCGAGACGUGUGCCUGAGCGUGUGUGAGUGUUUGUGUGCUCAGAUGCGAGCUUUGCCUAUUGCGAGCACGGAAGGAAAUGUGCAUCGUGCUUCUGGGAAGGGUGUGUAAGCUGUGACAAGGGUGUGUGUGGGGGCUGCAGGAGUUGAGACGAGCGGGCGGCGAUCAAAACAUGAUCAUCGUUACACAAUCGACAAUUCCGACAACGAUGCAUCCUUUCCAAGGCAGACUGAAACACCACCAGCAGAACAAGGAGCAGCAUCAACAGCAGCAACAUACUACACCGAGCAGUAAUUGGAAGCAUCUUCCACUCAUGCCCGGGAGCGGCAAGCAGGAAAAGCAACACCAGCCGCAACGUCCCUGCAGCUGUUCCGGUCAGCAGCACAUAACAGCGCGAAACCUGGUCCUGAUCGGCACCAGUAACCCGCCUAACGGAACAACCCGGCCAACUGCCGCUGAAAGUGUCACGUGCCGAAGGAAGUUGCAUUUCCACAGAACGGCAAUAAAGCAUAGUGCUGCUGGAACAUUGGUAAAGUGAAAUAUAGCAGGUAGUGUGAAGCCAUGGAACAGUGUAAUUAUAUCGUCACAAAAAGAACGGUUAAACACAGUGCUGCGUGUUAGGAUAAGAGAAAAAAAAAGUUUGAGCGAUCCGCUAAAAACCCGAUCCUCGUCGGUGUAAAAGUGUAAAGUAGCGUUUAGAUGCCGUGUGCUUAGUAGCAACCAUCAAAAGGGUAAAUUAUUAGUAGUAAAAAAGUGUGUAAGAUAGUAAUUGGGUGUGGGACAAAGCCCAAACGCCGCACAGGUUACGAUACGCGAGAGCAUCCUCUACCUCUACCCUGCACUGCGUCCAGGAGUGGCAACAUUUACGUCAAUUGUCUGUGUAUUUGCCUUCUGCGCAAUCCCGACGGAACGUUGGCGCGGAAGGUGGAACCAGAAACCAACGGUGGUAGUAGGAGAAACCCCAUCGACGGGGUAGCAAAGCAAGAAGGUCCCUGCUCCGCUUGGGGGUAGUACUUAAGCAAAGCCCUAGUGGACGGCAGCAACAGCAGCAAUGGCCACUCCGAACUACAAGGAGCUGAAGCUGCAGUCGCCGGCCGGUGCCGAACCGUUCCUGUACAACUUCCCGUUCUCGACGGUGAUGGGCACGGGGCACGAUUCGGGCGCCGAGCUGAUCGAGAACGUGCGCUGGGUGUGCGAGGACAUGCCGGAGAUCAAAUCGGCGAUCGAGGAGAUCGAUCUGAACAACCUGGACACGAACAACUACGAUGCGAUGAAAAACCUGUGCGAUCGGUUCAACCGAGCGAUCGACAGUGUGGCGGCACUGGAAAAGGGAACAUCGCUGUCGAACCAACGGUUUACCUACCCAUCGCGCGGGCUGCUGAAGCACAUCCUGCAGCAGGUGUACAACCAGGCCGUGGUGGAGCCGGAGAAGCUGAACCAGUACGAGCCCUUCUCGCCGGAGGUGUACGGCGAGACGUCGUUCGAUCUGAUCUGCCAGAUGAUCGACCAGGUGAAGAUCACGGCCGACGACGUGUUCGUCGAUCUGGGCUCGGGCGUCGGGCAGGUGGUGCUGCAGAUGGCCGCCUCGACACCGGUAAAGGUGUGCUUCGGCAUAGAGAAAGCGGACGUGCCGUCCAAGUAUGCGGAGGGCAUGAACACGACGUUCAAGCUGUGGAUGCGCUGGUUCGGCAAGAAGUACGGCGACUACGAGCUGAUCAAGGGCGACUUCCUGGCGGACGAGUAUCGGGAGAAGAUCACCUCCGCCACGAUCGUGUUCGUGAACAACUUUGCGUUCGGCCCGAACGUUGACCAUCAGCUGAAGGAGCGCUUUGCCGACCUGCGGGACGGUGCCCGCAUCGUGUCGUCGAAAAGCUUCUGCCCGCUCAACUUCCGCAUCACCGAUCGCAACCUGAGCGACAUCGGCACGAUCAUGCACGUGAGCGAGAUGAGCCCGCUGCGGGGCUCGGUGUCGUGGACGGGCAAGCCGGUGUCGUACUAUCUGCACAUCAUCGACCGGACGAAGCUGGAGCGCUACUUUCAGCGGCUGAAAACGAAGGGCACGGAAAACCAUACGGACGGCACGAGCGGAGGCGGCAGCGGUUCGCACUCGACGCGCUCGUCUCGGUCGCGCAAGGACAACAACACCAACCACCACCACCACCAUCCGAAGGUGAUCACGAACGACGACAGCACGUCGGAGAGUGACACGGACGUGGUCGGGCCGACGACGCGCAAAGCGUGGUCCGACUGGAACAGCGGCAAGGAGGGUAAGACGAGUCCGUCCGAGGAGGAGAACAACAAUUCGCCGGUCCUGCGGAACGGCCGCAUCCCGGUGGCCACCAAAAAGCGGCGAAAGAUCACCCGCACCAAGGCGGCGGGCAAGAAGGCGGAACUGGCGGCAGCUAGUGCCGCGGCUGCUGCGGCUGCGGCAGCGGCAGCGGCGGCGGCAGCAAACCGGGAGAUGGGCGUUGGUACGUCGGCCGCGUCUGCUGCCGCAGCAGCUGCGGCGGCGAUGGCUGGCGGCAAGAAACGGGGCCGCGUUAAGGGCAAGGGACGGCAGCGGCGUCCGCUGAACAUUGCCGGGCUGGAUUUGCUGCACAACGAGACGCUGCUGAGCACGUCGGAACAGAUGAUUGGCAAGCGGUUGCCGCCGGCACCGGGAUGCGUCGACCAGCAGCUUACCUCACUGGCGGGCGAUAUGCAGCACAACGAACUGGACAUUCCGGAGGCCCCGUCGGAGACGCCGUACGCGCUACAAAUACUGCUCGACUUGUACAAGACUCAGUUUAUGAAGACGAUCGAAGCGAUGCGCAAGCCAUCGUACAAGGACAACGUGCAGCAGCAGUUUGACCGAGAGAAGGAGCGCAACCAGCGGCUAAUGAAUCGGGCUGGCCAGCUCGAGAAGCAGAUUAAGGUGCUGAUCGACGACAGUGUGGCACUGCUGAAGGCACGCAUGAAUGAGCUGGGCAUUAGCACGACCAGCCAGAACGAUUUGCUGUGCAAGGCGAAAGAGAUCGUCGGCCGGCAUAAGGAGCUGCAGGUGAUGGCAGCGAAGCUGCAGAACCAGGUGAACGUGAUCGAGCAGGAGCAGAAGCGGCUGGUGAUGCAGCAUCUUACGAAGCUGACGGUCGAGCAACAGCAGCAGCAUCAGCAACAGCAACAGCACCAGCAGCUACACCCGCACCAGCCGUACAUUAAGCAGGAGGAUGCUGAGCUUACCUCUUCCAGCUCAAACGAGCUCGUCCUGAAAGCGAUCGCCAGCACGCUAUCCCAGCGCAAGAAGCUGUACGCACAAGUCUCCAAUCUGGAAACGGAGCUGAAUCUGAUAGAAAAGCUUACGGAGGAGCGCAAAUCGAUGGUGGUAGGUUUAUCGGCAACGGCGCCAAACAGCAAUCACAACAGUGCGUCGUCUACGGCGGCGGCUGCUGCUGCCGCUGCCACGUCGACGAUCAUUUCGGUUGCUCGAGCAACGGAAGUGCGUGAUCGUGAUCGGGAGCAGUACGGGCACGCGGGUCAGUUGCACCCGGCUACGAUUGGCGGUGGGCGAGAACGCGAACACAUCCAUCCGGACGGCAUUACCACCAGCAAACACACGUCCGACCCUGUCCGCACGCUACCGGCAGGAGCGGCGGCCGGACCGGUAGGUGUCGCCGGAAGUGCUGCGCCCUUGCCUCCUCCACCAAUGGCAGGUGUUGGGUCGGCUUCGGUGACUGUACCGUCCACGCCGACGAAGCAAGGAUCCGGUAGUGGAUCUUCGCGGUCGGCACAGCGAAAGUCUCGCGAAAAUCGAACCCGCUCGCAGGAGUGGCCCGAAAUACCGGACAUUGGCAAGAUUGAGGAGAACAAUCCGGAGAUCCUCGCCCAGAAGAUACUCGAAACGGGCAGGCAGAUCGAAGCGGGCAAGCUUCUCGCUGCCGGCAAACACGCUUCCAAAGAACGUAGCAGCGAGGGCAAACUCGCCCCCGUGGUCACCGCAGGCCAUGGAUCGAGUGCAGCUGCCGGUACUGCGGCACCGCAGCACAUUGCACACCCACCUACAGUGGGCGCACCAGCUCCACAACAGCAGCCGUACCCUCAUCAUCAUCAACAGCCGCACUCGCAACCGUCGCAUGCACCUGUCCAUCCUCAUCUACACCAUCCGGAUACAGCGUUGAUGCCUGCGCCAGCCUCUACCAUCAACAAGGCUCACCAUCAUCAUCGUAGCAACAGUGGGGGGUCCAGUGGGGCCGUGCCACCACCUGUACCUACGGGCGGUGGGUCGCUUCCGAAGUGUUUCGUACCUGGCACUGCGUCAAACGAGCAUCACAGCGGUGGUGGACGGAACGCCGCCGAAGGUUCUAGCGGUACGGGACGUGGUGGAGGUAGUGGCGGCAGUGGUGGCGGUGGAAAGCUGCAAGAUUCGCAUAAGGUGGUCAACUUCGAGGAUCGCCUGAAGAGUAUCAUCACCUCCGUACUGCAAGGAUCCCCCAAAACGGGAAACACAGCAAGCUCGGCACCGGCGCCAGUGUCCUUAACGGUAACUGGACCUCCACCGACUGGCCCAUCGCCUGGUGCUGGCCACCGUGAUGCUCAUCAUCGCAGUGGAAGCGGCGGCCAUCAGCCGCUAACGAUGGAGCCCGCUGGAUCACCGUUGAAAGCGACAUCUGCAUCGGGGGCAGGCUAUGGAUCGGCUGCCGGUCCCGGAAAGACGACGGUCUAUCUGCAAUCCUCUCCCGGGGCAGGGUCGCAUCAUCCACAUCAGAUGGUGGUCGCUCAAGAUAUGUCCGCUCGCUCGUCGUCCGGUGGACGAGGGCCCAGCCCUUCGGCGCACAAUCCGGCGCAUCAGCAGCAGAUACAUCCACAUCAGGUCAGUCAAUCACAGUACCAACAGCAACAGCAACUGCUCCAUCAUCCUCACCAUCCUCAUGCGCAACAAUCUCUUCAUCAUCAGCAGCAGCAGCAACAGCACCAGCAUUACCAGUUGCAACAGCAGCAUCAACAUCAGCAGCAGCAGCAGCAGCAGCAGCAGGGAAUGCUGAACGUAAUCACCAGCGGCGCACACCAUCUGAAUGCCAGUACCUCGAUUUCGACCUCGCCCGUGCCAACGUCUCCGUACAAAAUGCAUCCCACCGGGCCGCCAGCGAGUAGUAUCGCUGGCAGCGCCUCGACAAAGAUCUCACCGAGUUCGAAGUAUCCCUAUCCGAAGGGCGGACCCGUGGCCGGGAUGAGUCACCAUUCGCCGGGCUCGUCCGCAUUGAGCACGCACCAGCAAAUCAUCCAGCAGCAGGAGCGCGAGCGUGCCAUGCUGUACGCUGCCGCCGCCCACGGCGGUGGCUUGCCGAUCGACCAUCCGCAUCAUCCGUUGCAUCAGCAUCAUCAUCGCGGCAUGCCGCAGUCCUUGGUGGAUGGGAAAAUUCUAGAGUUUAAGGCGCCGGAAAAUUUCCGUUUCGAUCCGCGUGCAAGCGGGCCCAGUGGUGCGGCCGGCAAUGGGCCACCAAUGCUCGACACGUCGGCGGUGGCGCUGCAGAGCCAUUCGCGCAGCUCGUCAACCAACUCGCUCGACAGCUUCCCGGCAGCCGACUACGGACCGGCAUCCGCUGGAGCGUCUACGAUGGGUAGUGGUGGUGCACGGUACGGUGGGCAACAGCAACCGAUCCCGCUGGUGACACAUUCGCCCGGCGUUGGAUCGCAAGGAUCCGGGCAGCAGCACGGUGGAAACAAUUCGCGCCCCGGUUCGACGUCCUCCCAGCCCGACUACACGCAAGUGUCGCCGGCAAAGAUGGCGCUUCGUCGACAUCUGUCCCAGGAGAAGCUAACCCACCCAUCGGCGGGAGGACCGGCCGCUGGUGGUCCGGUGAGCGGAGGACCUGGCGCUGGUGGUAGUGGUGGCGGACUGGGCACGGUUAAAACGAUUGGCGAUCUGGUGAACGGUGAAAUUGAACGUACGCUUGAGAUAUCCAACCAGUCAAUCAUAAACGCGGCGAUCAACAUGUCCUCCCAUCAGCAACAGCAGCAGCAAUCGUCUGCCGCAUCCGGUAAUUCGUCGGCUCCUCCGGCAUCGGGUAACAACACGGUGAUCAAUACGCACGUGCAGCGCCCCGAGCGUGUAAGCAUUCGGCUGCUGGAGGAAGCAGGACAUGCAGCAGCGGGCGGGCCACCACCGCCCGGAAGCAGCGGCGGCGGAACGUACAGCCCCAUUUCUAGACCGGGCAGUGUCGGAGAUUCUGGCAGCAAGUCACCCGUCCACCAUCUGCACGGUCAAAGCAAUCUGGCCUCGUUGGUGCAGGUAUCGGCAUAUAAUGCUAAAAAUCACAAGGGAGCUGGCACUACAGCUGCGCCGAGUACAAUCGUAUCGCCGCGAGGUGGUGGUUCCUCACAGCAGCAGCAGCAGCAACACCAGCAGUACUCGACGGCACCAGGUAGUGGUGCUGCUGGAGGUCCCGGUGCGGUUUAUCAGCAGUCUACGUCCCGUGGGCACGAUCGCCAUCAUUCGGGUGAACCAAUGCCUUACAUGGCGUUGCCGCGAGCGGAUAUGAAACCGUACCUGGAAUCGUAUUUCACCGACGAGCAUAAUAAGCGACAGCAACAGUUGCAGCAGCAGCAGCAGCACCACCACCACCAGCACCAGCAGCACCCGCAGCACCAGCAACAGCAUCUGCAACAUCCAGUUCAAUCACCUUCGCCAUCAGCAAUGUCAGCAUCGGCUUUGGGAUUGCAUCAUCAUCAGCAGCAGCAAAUGCAUCAUCAGCAUGCACCGCUAGCGAUGCAUCGUGCAAGCCAUCCGGUAGACCUUCAUCGCGGUUCGGUGGUAAUGAACGAGCCGGGAAUGCUUUCCCGCUCUCGUGGCGAAAUGAUCCCAAUGGAUGACAACAGAAUGGACCGCUUAAACGGUGGCCCACCCUUGGAAGGACUUGCCGCAUCGUUGCAAGCACGCGUAAUCGCAACACUCAAGAUCAAGGAAGAGGACGAAGAGCGUCAUAGGCGCGAUCUAAGCAUCCAUCAUAGUACUUCCGGAACGAUAAACAGUAGCAGUAACAGCAUUAACAGUACCAAUAGCAAUAUCCACGGUGGAAGCCUUCAGAUAGUACAAACUGCACACAUUAAGUCUGAAAAAUACACCUCAUCAUCAUCCUCAUCUUCUACAUCGUCAUUGUCCUCGACGUCAUCCCAUCAUCACCAUGCCCUGAAACGUACCUCACCGAUCGUGGAACAUCCGGCCGGCACGCGGCCCCCGAAGAUGCUCUAUACGACGUCCGCCUCGGCCGGUGGAAUGGAUUGUGGACCGGAUGCGGAUAUGCUGCACGUACCGCGCGGUGCCGUACCCAGCGGCAGCGUGGUCGGCCACAGCGCUGUCCGUGGCGGAUUGCUCGUUGCACCGCCGCUGGUAAUGAGCCCGGAAAUAAACUCGCUGUCGUCGGUGGUAGACGAUGGACGGCAUCACCAUCAGCUGCACAUUCGGCACAAUCACCAUUCGCGCAACGACGUAGACGAUGAUGUGGUGAUCGGUGACGAUGAAUCGAGCUGGCACGAUCGCGUUAGCUCCGGGUUCGAUCGUUUGGUAGCGUUCGCCUCGACCGAGCUGGACAAGACGCGCCGCUCGAACGAGGACGCACCGGCGUCGUCCGCCAGCUGUACCACCUCACCGGACAGUGGCAUCAAUCAGAGCGACCACAGCCGCACGUUUCUGUCGUCGUCGUCGUCAUCGUCGCAGCUGGAUGUGCCACCGGGCAGUGCCAGCGUGGGCAGCAGCAGCAGCAGCAGCAGCAUCAGUAGCAGCAGCAGCAGCAACAGCAGCACCAGCAGCAUCGGUAGCGUCACCGGCCACGGUGGUGGAAGCGGCGGUCCGCACGGCGUCGGAGGCCACGCCGGCGUGCCCGGCGGGCUGAUGAUGAAGCACAUGGUACCGAUCAUUAAAUCAUCACCGGCCGAACCAGUGGACAGUCCGCCGCUUUCGGACGUCGGGCUACCGCGCACGCCGAGUCCUACGUCGAGCCCACCGCUGCUGUUCGGGCAUCCCACCGCAAGCAGUACCGCGAUCGCAGGCGGUGCUACCACUUCCACUACCACGGUUAUGCAGCCGUCCCUGUUGCAUCCACCGGUCGCCGGUGGACACGCACCGGUGGCGGUGGCCGGUGGUGGUAAUAAUAACGGUGUGGUGCCGCCUGCAGCUGGCAGUGCAGCGCCCGUUAACAAUUCCAACAGUGGCAACAGCGGCAGCAACAGCAGCGGUUUGGGCAUUCCACUCAAGUACCAGCGCCAGUCAAAGUCGUCCUCGUCGUCGUCGGAGAAGCAUUACAAGAAAAAGUUCCGCGAACGCAACUGGGAGGAGUACGAGGAGAGUCUGAGCGGUGGACGUAACAGUGCGAUAAGCGGCAGUGGCGAUGUACCGAUGGACCAGCAGGACUAUCAUCAUACGGUCGCGUCCCUGAACGCUCCGCACAGCGGCAAUGCGUCUGCUUCAUCAUCCACGAGCAGCAUGUCCGCUGAGCCAAUCGGGCCUGGUGUUGGGGACAAGCGUAAUGAUGAUCACUCUGCUCAGCAUCAUCACCAGCAACAACACCAACAACAGCAGCAGCAGCAGCAGCAGCAACAACACCACCACCACAAACAUAAGUCGGCCAAAUUUCGACCCAAGGGCAAGGACUGGAACUGGGACGACGAGCACUUGAAUGCGUCGUCCGGUUCGGCGACAUCGACGCGUGGGGCCGGUCGAUCGGGAACCAACACAGCCACGACCUGAUUGAUCGUGCUCGAAAAUUGGCAACGGUUUGCGUAGGUUCCAUCAUCUACCACCCCACAACAACCAUCUCUCCGGACGAACGCGCUCACAGUGCUUAACUGCAUGCGUGCGUGCGCAUCGUUAUUAGCGUUUAUUUGGCGUUAACAAAACUACACAACUGUGCAUCAGUUUUUCAUUAUGAUUGUGACCAUUUUUUUGGCACUUUGCAAAGCUGCUUCACAUGCAACAAUAAGCGUACGAGGAUCGAGUUAGGGCCAAGCGACUGAAAGGGUCUUUCUUUGUGGGUUUUUUUUUAUUCGUUAAUAGUUGUGUUCAAAUUUAAGUUCCUAGUAAAGACAAGCAGGGGUUCGUUUAACAUUUUCCUUUUUUUAUGGAUGAAAUGGGAGAGUUGCUCAAAACAAUAAUUUUAACCAUUUAGACCAAUUUCGUCCAGCAGCGUUCGAACUUUUUUAUUAGCGCAAAACAUUUCCGCGAUUUAGUAUAAUAUAGUUCAAUCUUGAAGGAGAUUGUGUAGAAUCUCGUUUGUUUUUGUCUCCAGAUUUACCAUCCUCCUCACGGCAAUGGAUUCUAUACUUUCGUGUAACGGUGCGUUUAUGUAACUGCCAUUUAUUAGUGAUCCAUCGCCAUGUAACCAGUUCGGGCGUGUGCGUGCGUGUGUGUGGGUUCAUUAAACAACCUGAUAUACAGCCCGGUUUGCUUUGAUGACGUUUUUAGAACAAAGUUUGGUGAUUUUGAUUUAAUGCUCGUCCUCGUGUACAGAAAGACGAUUAGUACCUAGUGUGUUUUUAGCACGCGUGAUGCAGUUUGAAAUGAUCUAUAUCGUUAGAACAAAAAAAAAAGAUGCGGAAAUUCAUUAUUCACAGAAAGAGAGAGAGAGUAAUAGAGUAAUGAUUUUUGUAUGCGUACGUGUGCGUCUUCUGUUUGGUGAAGACGAAAGACUGAACUUUUGUCACAUUUGAACUGCCUAACCUACCUACUACUACUAAUUAUCGUUUAGACUUAAAAGCGAGAGACACCUUCCUCACGGUGAGGUGGCCACUCCGUUUACCUAACUUUCGGUCCGAUUAGUUUCAUUAUUACGCUGGUAAUGGCUGUGGUUUUGUUGUUUUUUUUCUUCUUUUAUUUUUAGUUUAUACACGAUUUGAAGUAGUUUUGCGCCACCGUUUUAUUGUUCUGUCGAUGUGUGUACGCGCCGAAUGUAAAACCUAACGACUAACGAAUUGUUUAAUGGGGAAAAACACUUUUCGAUGCAUUUUUUCUCUCCCCCUUACCCCGGAAGCAAUUUAUACACACACACACACGCGCAAUGUUUUACUUUCAAACCGGGGAAACAAAAAGGCUUAUCCUGUACUCCUGUUGGGCUUACACUGGAAUAAAAAACUUCACUAAUAAUCUACCUUCCACAAAUUUCACCAAGUAAGAAAACAAGAAGCAAAUAUUAAACCUCAUGCGUGUUAGGAUACAGAGAAAGAGAGAGAGAGAGAGAGUCAGAGAGAAAGAAAGGAAGCGAUUAGCUGUAGAAAAAAAGGUAAACAAAGGGGUAGUAGUUUUAAAGACAGCUAGUCCACUAGUUGGGCGCAGCGUGUGUACAUACAGCAGCACGGCAAAGGGACUGUCCGCUUCAUAUGAGCUCCGGCCAAGGGGUAUUGAAAAAGGCAGUGGGAAGAAAAUGGAAAUAUAAAGUAACAAUGGAGAAGAGUUGAAACAUAUGCAAUGGAAACAGAAGAAGAAGAAGUUAUAUAUUUCUAUUACACUGAAUAUUAAAAACAACAUACCGAUGAAUGCGAUAAAUGUGCAGAGAAAUCAAGAAGAGUUAAACAAGAACUGAACGAAAGAGAGAAAGAGUAGAUGGGGAAAAAUUACUCAAACACACAUACUAUGGUGUGUAGUUUGCUAACGAUGCGGGCAGGCAUCGUCUCCAAACGCAGCCUCAAAGGACACCAACUUGAAAGAGGAGCUUUUGUUUUAUCUUUUACUUAAGUUAUACUUCAGUUUAUAUUUAUUUGUUAAAACGCCCUGUAAUGUUUAAGGUUUGCGCAUUAUUAUUAUUAUUAUCCUAUUGCAGACGUUUAUUCUAUUCUUUAUUUAUCUUUUUAUCUGUUUUCCGUUGAUUUGGUGUUCCAAUAUCCGUUUGUUUGCUUGUAUCUUGUAAUAUUUCUUUAUACUCUUUCCUUUUUUUCUUUUGGUUGCCUCCAUUGUCCCCAAAACCAACCGUGUAAGAGCAACCAGGCAGUGUAGGCGGAUUAGCGCAUAAGUAGCCAAUUAUAUACGUAUGUUUCAUUGUUACACGUGCAGGGCUGGGAGCGUACGUAAACGUUUAAUUUUAACCGUUCUCUUUUGCGUUGUAUGCGUUUUCGUAUUAUUUUCUUUUGCUUUAAGCGUUAAAAAAUACGAACCAUCGAAAGGGAGGGAGCGACAGUAGUGGUAAUGUAGUGAGUAUAUAAGAUAGGCACAAAUGAAUGGGAUAAUGAAGCGGAGGAGGGGAGGGGGGACUGCACACCAUUUUCGGAUUAUUUUUCACUCAACCAAACAUUACUCAAGCUCGUCCUUGCAUAGGAUUGGAAAUUGAUGGAAACGUUUAUUUUCUACAACUCUACAUUGGAGUUAAGCUUAUGAAAGAAACGGAAAAUAAAAAAAAGACAGGAAAAAAAUAAAUUUCAGGUUAGCAUGGGUGGAGAAAACUAUGCCAAAAUUAUUCUAUAUAAAAAAAACAAAACGAAUUGGAAACCCAUUUAAUGCGACAAAAGGAAGAUGAGGUGAUUAAUACGGAGGGAGAAUACAUGGAACCAUAAUUCUUUCCAGCUUUCUUUAGGAAGCUUUUUAAAAAAACAAUAACACAAAAGUAAACGAAAACCAUACAAAAUAAUAA